GGAGCUCGGCCGACAACGCGUAGCAGCCCGCCGAUCGGGUGUCGUCGUUCCGCGUCUGGGCUUGUGUGCGUUCGCGAAGCGGAAAAAAAAAGACCGCGCAACCUCUCCUCGUUGAUCGUGAUCGCACAAGCAUUCGAGUGCGCAACGCCGACGGUGCGUCGUCGCCGCUGCCGCCGUGGGACCGACCAGCACGAUGGAAUAACAGCUCAUCGAAAGCAGUGUCGCCUACGAUCGGGCUCGAAGCCGCGCGCCGCCUCUUUGUGCUCACCAACGGAACAGCACAACUCUUCGUAGCUGCAGGGCUCUGCGUGCUCUCUCGGCCUGUCGCUCGCAAAGGUAGAGGUUUGCCCUCCCGCUGACCGCUAAGUCCCAACCCCAGCCGCCGCCAUGAUCUUCGGCAUCAUCUUGGGCAUCGUGCUGUUCGUCGUCAUCAGCAUCACGCUGAUCGGCCUGUACGUCGCCUUCAAGCGCUUCUGCUCGGACGCCAAGGACUACGGCAUGAUAAACGCCAACUCGACCAUCAAGCACGGCCGUCUCUACCCCGUGCUCAACUACAAGGACUGCGACGACGACGGGCCCGGGGGCUCGGGCUCGACCACGCAGUGCCUGGACAACCACGACCUGGACGUUCCCGACAUCAAGGUGCCCGGAAGUCCCGGUGCCGACCACCACGAAGACCUAAGCUGCGUGCCGCUGACGGCGGAGAAGGAGCCAGACUACGCGACGCCAGUGAGCCUCACCAAGCCGUACGGACCCCCACCUCCGGUGUCCAACAGUCAGGAACACCAUUCCGAAGGCGCCGCCACCUCCACCACGUCAUCAACCUGGCAGCCGCCUGAGGAACACAGUGCUGUCAGCCACGUCAACGAGGGCUUUCACGGAGGUCCGUCAGAGCCUUCCAGUGGCGGAGGCGCUGGGUUCGGAGCCCGUGCUGCCGUUCACGAUGCGGACGAAGACGGGGAAGAGUGAAUCGUGGCUUCGUACAAAAUUUGCUCGAGGCCAUUCUGGCGCUGCGUUUGUCUAGACACACCAUGGUAAUGAUGGUUACAGAACUUGGAUUUGUCUCAUAUUCCUAUAUAUCUCUUCAAACUACCUUCUAACGUUAUUUAUUGCGUUUUGUCUUUCCAGAUUUCAAAAAUACUUUGCCUUUCUUAAACACAGUAACGUGGUCAACUCAGUAGGCAUGCGAGUAAUCAUUCCUUGCGAAUUGUUGUACUUGUAGCGCAAUAUGUUGGCACUGAUAAUUUUAAAGUGACCCAGAGCCGUUUGAAAGCAAAAGGACAAAGUUAAAUCUCAAGCGCUGUAAGCAUCGUUACUACAUGGUCUGAACCGCCGAACUGGCAGCUCCUGCGGAGACACUAGCGCCGGACUUUCCUCCGGAACUUCUUGUGGGAAACUUUGUACGGGAGUGAUUAUAGUUCUGCAACUUUCGGGAGAGUCCGUGCGAAGGUGGUAUAUAUACCGAGUACAUUGUGAAAGCCCGCCAUCUUCUCAGUUUUGAUUGGCUCACACGGCCGCUACGGCCUGUCUGGUCGGUUACGAAAGGACAAGUGUUUCAGUUUUCCAACAUUCCUUCCUGUGCCACAUUGAUACGCCACGGCCAGAUCGAAAACAUUACACGUCGUUCGGUCCUCUUGCAGCAUGCGGGCUACACCUCAGCCAAGUACAUAAUAUCAACAGGAGGGUAGUCACUGGCGGUAUACAUGAAGACUUCGUUACUGCGUUCAGACUCUAACACAAGAUAUUCACGGAGGCUCACAGACAUCGAAUUGUUAUAAUCGAACAUGUGGAGGUGUGUAAUAUGACCUGUGCUCACAUUAAGCGUUGAAAGGCGUCGUGUGACAACAUGUAUGCCUCGCGUGUGUGUUUAAUUUCAAUCCGUCUUUUACGAUAUAGUCAUUACAACACAUAAGUUAUCAUCAUUUUUUCAUUCGCUAAGCAAUGAAAUAAAAACGCGCCAUAAGCUCAUCCGCUUGAAUGCCAAACUACUGCCACACUGUCGAUGUAUUUACACUAUACAAAUACUUACGGUUACAGCGUGUUUUCGCUCUAAUCUUAACCCAAGCAUAAAGCUGUCAGUCAUUUGUACUCGUUUCUUAUACUAACUAACGUUAUGUCGAGGUGACUGUAGGCUGAUUAUUAUCGCCGUCACACGCAAGCAGUGUAAAGCUCGAAUUCAAGAUUCAGUAUUACAGUUACUCUCGCGAUGUUGCACGUAGCGCUUCAUAGUAACACGUUAUUGCACUCAUGAACUACAAGUCGUUGACGGUUGCUUCUGGAGACGGUUGCUUCUAUUUAGGCCGAAGGCCAGACGAGAGUUUCUUCACAAAGUACUCAUCUGCUUUUUUAGCUUCGCAAUCACGUUUAUCUAUAUGCAUAUUAAGUGGGCUCGCCAGAAACGUGACGAUUAAUGCUCAAAUUCUGACGGCUGUUCCAUCAUUGGUUUGGAAAUACAAAACAAGGCAGGAGAUGGAGGCUUGAAGGGAUGAAUAUUCUUGAACAGGGAGCGUCGCUGGAGCCAGCGUUUCGAGAAGUGGUCUUGUCUUCUUCAAGGCAUCACGCCUAUACAUUGGCGAAUGUACAGGCCGUUUCACGCUUAGGGGGAAAACUCGUAGCACGUUUCAAUGCGAUCCGAGUUUUCCCCCUAAGAGUGAAACAGCCUGUACGUGUAUGCUUCGUACACUCUAUAUACCCCAAUCACAAAGGUGGAGAAGGAGAGAGCAGGUGCGAAUAUGGAAGGGGGG